GUGGAAAAUGUACUUGUGGUGUGAAUGAGAAGAUAGGGCAUCAUCACCAUCAAGAUUCAAUCAUGCAAUUUCUUAAUGGAUUGAAUGAUUGUUACUCACAGGUCAAGACUCAAAUUCUCAUGAUGGAACCUGUUCCAUCCGUGGAUAAGACUUUUUCGUUGGUGAUCCAGGAGGAAAGGCAACGAUCUUCCAGUAGUCAUGCCACUCCUUCAGUGGAAUCCACUGCUCUGGCUGUCCAGAAUCAAUUUUUCAAUCAAGGAUCUUUUCCUGGCAAGAAUUUCAAAGGGAAUGUUGGAAAGGGAAGGCCUAUGUGUAGCUAUUGUGGAAAGGUUGGGCAUGUUAAGGAGAAAUGCUAUAAGCUUGUUGGAUUUCCACCAGGCUACAAGCAAAAGGGAAAGCAGCUUCCUAUGGCUAAUCAUGUCAUAAUGGAUUGUGAUCAAGCUCAGAAUGAGAAUGUGCAUCAGAACAACAAUUUCUCUUUCACUCCGGAACAGUAUCAGCAAUUGAUUUCCUUGUUGAAUUCUCAUGCAUCCAGUUCUGGUAGUUCUAAUGAAGCAAUUCACACAGCCAAUUCUGCUCUCUCAAGACCUUUCUUGUUGGAAAACGAUUGGAAUGGGUAAGCUGCAUCAUAAUCUCUAUCUGCUACAAUCUUCAGAAUCUU